AUGACAGAGCGGCGCAACGACACGCCCCUGCCCGUCACUGUCACGUUUGACAGUGACGUGGAAAUGGACGAGGGUGCCUCUCUGUCGCCUCCCUCUGCCGAUGCGACCCCGUCCCCGGCUCCUCUCCCUACCGCCCCGGCCCCGGCCCAGGCCCCGGCCCCUCUUCCUGCCCCUGGUUCUGCCCCCCGUUCUCGAUCCUGGCGCGUCUGUACCGGAUGGACGGUCCCAGGCGCCAAUACAAACAAGUGCGACAACUGUGCCAAACCUAAGAGCCAGAUCCCGAAUCUGCGCUGUGCCAACUGCCAUUUAAUUACGUACUGCCGCGACUGCACCGACAAGAUCGAGUCAAGCGAGCUCAGCGGCCCGCGUGGGCAUACGAUUACUCCGCUCGACUUUGAUCGGGCAUAUCCCGGGCAUAGGGAACGCAAUCGCGUGCGCCGUGGUCGCAUUGCGCGCACAGCUAGCACUCGGGUUGCUAGUACUCGGGUUGCUAGCACCUCAACCACUCGGGCUCGGGUCACCACCGGCGGCGCUGCCCCCCGUCUUCCGGCACCCCUUCCCACCGACGGCGCCGCCACUCGUCGUCCCUCGGCCACUGCUCGUGGUGGUGGUCGUCCUGUUGGUCGCGGCAGUAACCGCCUCUAUGCCGAUGCCCCUCGAACUGCGAGGCCUAUCCGGGGCAUGUCCCCUCCAGUUGUCGACUUGACUAGAUCGGCACCAGCACCUCUGGCUCUGGCUCGCGGUAGUGCGCCCUACGUUGAGGCUCAGGCCUCUGGAUCUUCGCGCCUGCCGCGCAACCCCGUCCGUGGACCUGGUCCGCGCAUAUCAUCGUCCUCGGCCUAUAAUAGGUCCAAUCUCGGCCACGAGUAUAUUCCCGAGGAGCCAGCUCGUCCACCCCGCGCCCCCGGUAAUGGCUAUAUUUCAGAGGAGCCUGUUAGUUCGCCGCGUGCUCCCGGCACCGGCAUUGGGCCUAGCAGGGUCCGAUUUUCAGGGGAGCCCGUCGUUUAUUUUCAAAACCCUCGGGAUAAUCGCGACUAUGUUGCGCGACAAAACGCGGCAAGCUUCCAGCCUGCGGGCACUCAGUCUCCGCGCUCCGGCCGCACCGCGUUGCCGGACAAUCGCCGACGUCACGAGCCUGUCGCCCAGGACAACCCUUUUGGGGACGUCGAAGAGGAGGAUGAUCUGUAUGGCGACGAUGACGUCGAGCAACCCCGAGACGUCAUAAUACGUAGGGGACACGACCUCCGUGGGGAGGAUUUCCAGCAGUUCCUCGAGGCCGACGAGGAACACGAGAAGCUCGAGCGUGAGCUCAAGGCUUUCAAGAAAGCUCUACCAGCUAGCUUGACCGAUGAAUACCGCGAGAAAGUGGUCAGCGAGAAGAAAAAGGAGCUCGCACAUCGGUUCAAGCACAAGGACAUAACCGGCCAGUGGCGCGUGCGCCAACACCAGGUCAAUAACCGGUCCAUGGAGUAUACCACCAUUCGCCCGACUUCGAAGGAGACGGACAAUGACUUUGAUGAGGCCGGCUAUGCCCACAUUGAUGGCAAGGCUGACGAGGCCUACGAUGGUGGAGAGGCUGACGAGGCCGACAUUGAUGGCGAGGCCGACGAGGUCUACGAUGAUGGCGAGGUCUUCGAGGGCGACGAGGAUCAAGAUGCCGAGUACGACGACGAGGAGGCUUAG